AUGUCGAACGUUCGCGGCCCCACGUCGGCGCUGACCGAGUUCCUGAGGGAACGAGGCAUCACGGCUCGCAACGCGAAUCGAUUCCGUCGCCGCGACGAAGCUGAACAAGAGCAGGCUCAGGCUCAAGAGCAGGGCCAGACGCAAUCCCCAUCCCCAGCUGACACUGCGCGAGCUACUGCUGCGAUUGCUGCGGCCUCUCGACGCCGUCUCGCCCGCAACGGCAGCUCGAUGAACUUCGAAGAGGACGACGAGACCGACGACGAUCUGCCCGAAGCUGCGGCCACUCCAACUGCGUCCAGCUCGAGCAGGCAGACACGAGCGAACGGCAAGCGACGUGCUCUAGAAGACGAACCAAUUCUCGAGCCUAGCACCGCCAAUGGCAACGCGAACGGCAAGGGCAAGAAGAAGAAGUCGAAGAAGGAGGACGACGAUGACGAGGACUUUGAUCCCAAGAAAAAGGGCCGCAGCAAGGGCCCCGCGCCUGCAGAGUGGGAGGACUCGCUCGGCCUUCCGCAGGCCAGCAGCUCGCGCGCCAACUUUUCAUAUGCCAGCCGCAAGCCUGGAAGCAUCGCCUACUGCGGCAUGUGCAAGAUGAAGUUCACCAUCACGCAGUACACCAAGAUGGCCGACAAGGGCCCUCUGUGCCAUCGAUGCGGUCCUUUAUACAAGGGACCCGGGGCUGCUGGCGACGUCAAGGCCAAACCUGCAGCCAAGAAGAAGCAGACCCGCCGCAAAGGGCCGCAGGACGGACUGCGCCAGAGCUUCCCAAGCCUGCAGACCUACUGCAUCGACAUCAUUAGUCGACACAUUGAGGAUGUCGAGGCGCUCGGCCACAUCGGCGUCAACAACAUCGACGCCAUCAGCAAGUCGAUCUCCAAGAACCGCAGUCUCAACCCCAAGACGCUGCAGCUCUUCAUUUCACCCAGCAUCACCACGCUCUCGCUGUACGACUGCAGCAAGCUCGACAGCGACUCGCUGCAGAGUCUCGCCACGUUUGCGCCCAAUCUGGAGCACAUCAACCUACAGCUUUGCGGCAUGCUCGACAACGAUGCCAUCGACGCGUGGUCCAAGAAGCUGACCAAGCUCAAGAGCGUCGAGCUGUACGGGCCUUUCCUGGUGCGCAAGGAGGCGUGGCAUCGCUUCUUUGAGGCGCUCGGCCCGCGCCUGGAGAGCUUCAAGAUCCGCGAAUCGCCGCGCUUCGAUCUGUCGUGUGCCGAGUCGAUGGUCAAGCACUGCCCCAACCUACGGGAGCUUGGGUUGGCGCAGAUUGGACCCCUGGACAAGACGAUGCUCAAGCCCCUGGAGGCGUACGGUGAGCAACUAACGUACCUCGACGUAUCGGACCCGGGCGUGUCGGCGCCGGGCAUCCCGCCCAAGUCGCUGGAGGACGACGAGGUGGUGAGCUUGCUCCAGGCGAUCGGCAAGAACCUGGCGUAUCUGGACGUGUCGAAGAACAUCGAUCUGACGGAUCGGGUGGUGAAGGAAGGCGUGCUGCCGCACUGCCGCCAGCUCAAGGCACUGCGUCUGAUCGGAUGCGAAAAGGUCGAGGCGGCCACGGUGUCCGACAUGUUUGCCGAUUGGACGCGCGACGGCGUCGCUGGCUUGUCGCACGUACACCUGGAUCGCAUGCUCAAGCUGGAUGACGGCUUGAUGGAGCCGUUGUUGACGCACUCGGGCCCCGAGCUGGUGGAGCUGUCGCUCAACUCGGUCGACGGCAUCACGGACAAGGGGCUCGAGACGCUGGGCAAUGCCAAGAAUCUGCCCAAGCUGGAGCUGCUGGACCUGUCGUUUGUGCGCGCGCUCGACGACGAGAGCCUGGACCGCAUCUGCCGCAACCUGCCCAACCUCAAGAAGGUGUCGGUGUUCGGAUGCAACCGCAUCAGCGACUUUCUCAAGUCCGACCGAGUCCGCAUCAUCGGCAAAGAGAAGUACGCCAUGUGA